AUGCUAAAUUAAAUAGUAAAUUAAAAGAGUUGGGUUGGGACAAAAUUUGCUGCUUAUACACACAGGACUCCUCCAAUAGUUUUUAAAUUAUAUAUAAUCAUUCCAGACAUAAAAAGGUAGUACAUCGUGAUUUUAUUCAAGCUUUUGGUACCAAUAUUUAGAAAGGAAUUGGAAGAGUUUGUGAUAGCAUUUUACUCUCAACUAAAAUUUUUGAAAUAGAUAGUAUAUUUUAAAACAUAUAGAUUUUGA